AUGCGCGGAAUCCAAGUCAAACAGUACGUCAAGGGCCCGCGGGAACUCAGCGUCUCGGACAUUGAGGAUCCCACCCCGGCGGCGGACCAAUAUGUCAUCGCCGUCAAGGCCUGCGCCACCAACUUCUUCGAUUUGCUCCAAAUAAGCGGCAAGUACCAAUGGCAGCCCCCUCUCCCCUGGACGUCCGGGGCGGAAUUCUCCGGCGUCGUGCUCUCCACCCCGGCCUCCUCCCGGAACCCCAGAUUCUCCGUCGGCGACCGCGUCUUCGGCAGCGGCCAGGGCGCGUACGCCUACAAGGUCUGCGCCGUGGAGUCGGCGCUGCAGCCCGUGCCGGCCGGGUGGAGCUUCUACGAGGCCGCGGGCCUCUUCGUCACCAUGCCGACGUCCUACGCCGCGCUGACCCUCCGCGCGAACAUCAAGAAGGGCGACUGGGUGCUCGUGCACGCGGCGGCCGGCGGCGUGGGCCUGGCCGCGGUGCAGAUCGCCAAGGCCUUCGGCGCGACGGUGAUCGCGACGGCCGGGACCCCACACAAGCUCGAGGUGGCGAAGCGGUUCGGGGCGGACUACGGCGUCGACUACACGGACCCGAAGUGGCCGGCGGUGGUGUCGGCGCUGACGCCGGGGAAGCGCGGCGUGGACAUCGUGUACGACCCCGUGGGGCUGAUCGAGCCGAGCACGAAGUGCACGGCGUGGAACGGCCGGCUGGUGGUCGUGGGCUUCGCGGGCGGGCCGAUCGAGAAGCUGGCGACCAACCGCAUCCUGCUGAAGAACAUCGCCGUCACGGGCGUGCACUGGGGCGCCUACGCCAAGAACGAGCCCGCCCGCGUCGCCGAGGUCUGGGCCGACCUGCAGCGCCUCAUGGAGAAGAAGGUCCUCCGCUCCACGAAUUACGAGGACAAGAAAUAUGUCGGCCUCGAGGCCGUGCCCGAGGCCCUCGAGGCGCUGGGCGCGCGCGCCACGUGGGGGAAGGUGGUGGUGGAUCUGCCCGAGGUGAAGGAGAGUAAGCUGUGA